UUAGGCCUAGAAGAAGAAGACACGCUACUGCAGUGAAUAAGCAUUUUAGUUCAUUCGUCGGAGUUUUAAGACGUCACUGUGUGCUCAAUAUUUACUUUCCAAGAAAAAUAUUUUUGAUUAUACAGCGUCCACCAACCGAAAAGUUCAUUUUAUGUUUGGUUUUGACGUUUAAAGGUUAUUUUCAAAGAAUGCCUCAACCUAAAUACAGAAAGAUUGCUGUAUUGGGGUAUCGUUCAGUUGGAAAAUCCUCCCUCACGAUACAGUUUGUAGAAGGACAAUUUGUAGAUUCCUACGACCCUACUAUUGAAAACACUUUUAAUAAAAUGGUGUCUGUGAAUGGCCAGGAUUUCAAUCUCCAGUUAGUUGACACUGCUGGACAGGAUGAGUAUUCCAUUUUCCCCCAGUCUCAUUCUAUGGAUAUUCAUGGUUACGUUCUGGUGUACUCUGUCACUUCAAUGAAAAGUUUUGAAGUUGUGCAGGUUCUACAUGACAAGCUUCUUGAUAUGGUUGGAAAGAUACAGGUACCUACUGUUCUAGUUGGGAACAAAAAAGAUCUUCACAUGGAAAGAGUGAUUAAACCAGAAGAGGGAAAGAAGCUAGCUGAUUCUUGGGGUGCUGCUUUCAUGGAGUCCUCUGCUAAGGAAAAUCAGACAGCAGUAGAGGUUUUCAAGAGGAUUAUUCUGGAAAUGGAAAAGGUUGAUGGAAACGCCCCAUCAGAGGAGAAGAAGUGUGCAGUGAUGUAAGGCAUGCAGUAAACUCACAUGCUGAAGUUAAAAGACACAUCACCUUGCCUUUAACUAUAACGAAGCAGUUCAGAAAUAGGUCCUCUCCUGAUUAAUAUCCAGAUGCGUCAACGUUAUUCCAAAAAAUCAUAUUCAGUGUUGGGAAUUAAAUAUUGAUGCUAUUUGAAGCUCAAAUUACUGUAAAAGGUUUUACUUAAAAUCUCCCAUCUCUGUAACCUUCAGCUUUGAUAUGUUGACUGACAUUUCAUGUUUAAUAAUCUGACAGGUACUAACCUGUCUACAACUACUAUCUCAGCAAUACAGUUGGUCUCAUUUUUAUUUUAUUUUUUGCUCUCCCUCUGACACACUUACUUAUUUUACUUCUCUUGUAUAACCAAAAGAAAUAAAAUGGGAAGAUGAUGUAAACAGAGCCCCAAAAAGAUCUACUCAAGAUGAUGUAAACAGAACCCUAAAAAGAUCUCUUGCCCACCACCGGUGGUUUUAUACAUAAUCAAGUGACUGCAAGAAUUGUAUUCUUUCUAAACCUUCAGUAUAAAGUAAAUAUGAGAUCGUUAAAACUUUGUUAGAAUGCUAUUUGUGAGAUUUAGCUAUUUUAUUUUAUUUCUUUGCAUUUUUGUUGGAAUUGUUUUGCUUUGAUCCAGAAAUGAACUUGGUUACCCGUUUUAUGGCAUAUAAAAGUCCUCAUUAAAUAAAUAUUUUUUUUGGGGGGGGGAGAUAAUGAUGAACUUCAUACAGACCAUUUGCCGUUUGUGAGGACCAGUCAAUUCAUGAUCAACAAUUUCCCCCUGUGGUGUCUUAUGAGCUUAAUCACCAACAAUAUCUCUGUAGAGCAGUUAAGACUAAUACACCGGUUACUAAAAAAUGUUGUCAAUGCAUUUUUGAUGUCUUUUGCAUCACCCUCUCUUCUUCCUAUUUAGUCAUUUUUAGGUAUAUUAAUAGUACCGUGACACGAAUACCAUCAUGUAAUUUCCUGACCCAUAUUACAUGGAAUUAGCAUUACUGAAGUCCAAAAGGUCCUUUUAAGAUCUGACCUCCUCAUUUUCCUGUGAAGUUCAGGGUGCCAGGUUUUUCAUUUUUAUAAUUUUGACAGCCUUCAUUAUAAUUUUAGGGACUUCUGUAUAUGGAAUUUUUGUAUGUGGAAAAAUAAAACAUUUAAAGAAUG